AUGAUUAUGGAAUCCAGACUUAGACUACGGAAGGAGAUAACUGGUGAUGAGCCAAUAUACGCAGAAAUUUGUCAAGAUGAGAAGGAAGCCAACAGGUUUAGCAAUGACUUAGAAAAGAGAGUGAUAGAUGGAUUGAAUAGAAGACUGGGUAAUUCUUCAGGUGCUGCACAAGCACUUGUGGCAGGAUUGGCUAUACAGUCAUCAGUUAUGUCCACCUAUGCAUGUGAUAAAACACUCUUCCUAUCAUCAAGCGGCAAGGUGUGUGACACUAAUGAUUGCACAAAGUUACAUAUGUACUCAAUGCCAAUACAGACUGGAUCAACAAUAUGUUUCAAUACCAUGGAUGGAGAUAAGAUUGAGAUGAGAAUAAAGGAUUCUAAAGCUGUCACAAGGUACCACUCUGCAUAUUAUGCAUGUAGUUACAAAGUGAUUACUGAAACUAGAUAUGAGUGCAAAAAGAUGAAUGGAGCUUGCUGGAAUGGGGGCAAAUGUAGAAAAGGAUACAAACACUCAGCAUUCUCUGAAGAAAAAGUCUACCCUCAUGCAUAUGGCUGCAUAUCAGACACUGUAGGUUGUGAUACUUGGUGCUGGCACCAAACUUCUUGUACUUGGUUUAAAUGGGUAAUGAUGCCCAUCACUGAGAAAUGUUAUAAAGUAUAUAACAAAAUGAGUGAAAUAUGGCAGACAAGUAUAUUCAUCAAGUACAAAGGCAUUACAAAACAUAUAAAACUGAACUCUAACAACCCACAAUACAAUUUAAAUGGACAUGACAUUAAAGGACUAAAGAACAUGCCAAUUGUCCUAACAUCAUUCACGUAUGAGCAAAUACAUCUCAGAAAUGCUAUAGUAUAUACAGGAAGGAGGUUUUAUGAAAUAGAAGAUGCAAGCAUGCCUAAUUUCCCUGUAAAGAACACAAUAGGUGAGUACCAGAUGUCACUAGAUAAACAAUCAUAUGUGGCAUACACAAAUGAAUUAUCAUGCCAAAUGAUAUCAUGCAAAGGGAACUGCUCAUAUGAUGAGCCAGCAGUUGAUAGGCUUUCAUUAAAUGAUUACAACCUAAUAGAAGUUGGCAAAGUGUCAAAGAUGGGUGAUGAUGUAUUGAAACGGAAAAUACCGAGCACCUUGGCAUGCACUGCAUGUAAUGAAAAACCCACAGCAAUACUAAAAGCAUAUGACAUUAAAACUGAAGGUUUAAUAGAGUAUGAAUCAAACUGUAGUUGGACACAAUUAGCAUUGAGUUGCAACCCUGAACCAUAUACAAUUACUCUAGAAGAAAAUUCGGCCAAAUGUUUAAUAAACAUUAUAAAUACCAAUCAAACUUUAAUUGUGGAUUUCAAUUAUGUCUUUAUAGGUUCACUGUCAUUACUUAAAACAUACUAUGCUGAAAGUGCUGUAGAAGCAUUGGAAAGCAUAGCCACAGAUAAAGCAUUCUGGGGCACGUUGGUUAGUUCGCUAAACUUUAUGGCAGUUUUAUCUGUCGGGAGUGUUGCUAUUCUCAAGAUUGUUAGGUUGGGAAUAACAUACAAAACUAACAAGGACAUGUCAACCGUUUAA